AUGGGCAACCAAGCAGCGGACUCCGCAGCCAAAGCAGCCGCAGGAUAUCAUGAGAAGCUCCUGUUGGUAAGACCAGACACAGAGACACAAAUGACAAAACUGUCCCUUACAGAAAUCUCAAAAGAACAGGACCUAGCCUCACCUGAAGAGAAGACAGUGUGGAAACUCAGAGGCGCAGUCCUAUCGGAAGGGACCUGGAGAUCCCCAGAUGGAAGGUUGGUUCUGCCACCUGGGCUCAAAGACAGUAUCUUCUCAGAAGCACAUGGAGUUGGCCAUGCAGGCAUCUCCCAGAUGAAAGUGGACCUCAAAGAAUGGUGGCACCCCUUCCUACAUGACAUGCUAAAGGAGUGGGUAAGACACUGCACUGUUUGUACACACCACAACACCAGACCUACAUACAAACCCGGGGUGGGUAAGUUCCAACUAAAAACACGUCCAGGGAAAGAAAUCAUCAUUGAUUUUACAGAUAUGGUUAACUCAGUCCGAGGGUACAGGUAUGUUUUGAUGUGUGUUGAUGCAUUUACAGGAUGGCCAGAAGCAUGGCCAGUGAAAAGAGAGGACAGCAAAUCAGUAGUUAAGUGUCUCAUCAACCAUUACAUCCCACAGCAUGGCUUCCCAGAAAAGAUCAGGUCGGACAAUGGGUCACACUUCAAGAACCAGGACCUCCAGUACGUGGAGGCCAUGUUGGGACUUAAACAUGGUUUUGGGUCCGUGUACCAUCCUCAAUCUCAGGGUAAGGUUGAGAGGAUGAACCAGACAGUCAAGAACAGGCUGUCAAAGAUUUGUGCCCACACAGGGCUGAACUGGGUGGAUGCUCUACCGCUCGCCCUCAUGUCCAUCCGAUCCUCAGUAAACAGGACAACUGGACACACCCCAUUCGAGCUCGAACGUGGUCGACCUUUUCCAGGGCCAGAGCGAGCCCUGCAAAACACUGACCCUCCUCCCUCUCACAUGCACCAGAAAGAUUAUUAUGUACAACUGCAAUCUGUUCUCUCUGAAUUUGCUAAGCAGGUGCGAGACAGCAAAGACGGCACCAAAGACGGUGACCUACCCAUCACUGACUGGGUCCUCCUUCGGGUCAUCAAGAGAAAGUGGAGCGAGCCUAGGUGGACAGGACCAUUUCAGGUGACCGAGAGAACCUCCCACGCAGUCCGGCUGGACGGGAAAGGUGACACCUGGUUCCACCUCACUCAGUGCGCCCCAGCUGUAACACCUCAACGCUCCCUGAAGGAAGUGCGGCAGGAUCUUGCAGCAGCUGCAGCAGGAAACCAAACCAAAGAGCCACACACCUCCAGAAAAGACACAGGGCAGAAUAAUCCCUGCAACGAAAAAGGCACAGGGUAGUCUACCCCUGACCACCUGAAGAAAGGAGACAACAUCCUGCAGGACGUCGGCUGACAACUGCUCUAGUAGACAACGAAGCUACGCUGCAAAGACACAGGGCAGAAUAAUCCCUGCAACGUAAAGGGCACAGGGUAGUCUACCCCUGA